GUCCGCGUGUUUUUAAUUCAUUUUUGUUCUUAACAAAGAAGUGACGACGGCUGAAAACGUGCGAUAGUACAAUAAAACAAACGCUGAGCUGAUCUCGGUUUUUUGGAAUUUAUUUAAUUUGUCACUUUUUCCCACGUGGUGAAUGUCAGUUUUUCGUCGACGUGUUAGUUCUGCAGAAGCGUGGCAGAAGCAUUUAAAAUAACUAAGCUGAAAGCUAAAAAAGGCACUGCAAGAUAUUUGCACGCGUUAUUACGCUAAUUUAAUUCUCUGACCGCAUUUUUUGUAUUUAAAACGGAUUCCUUAAAAAUGUCCGAUCUUAAUUUAUCUAGCGAUGUACCCUCCAGAAAAGUCUGUGCUGUCACAGUGCCACCGGAGAAGAAUAUGUUCUCAAUCACAGAUGAGGAUUAUCAAUGUGAAUACACAGAUUCUAUCUUUAAAUAUCUUCUACAAAAAGAGCAGGAGAAGCCGCCUAUCCAUCUGCAGUCACCACAGUUGGCGUACCGCGGUGCCCUCGUGCAACAACUACGCAACAUCGUCAAGAAGCUGGGGAUGAGCAUCGCCACGUUGCAUUGCGCUGUGGCACACUUGGACCUCUUCAUGGAUGCACAUAGACUGCGCUCGGACCGAAUGUCGCACGUCGCCUUGGCCUGUCUCAGUCUUGCUGCAAAGAGUGAAGAGAAAUUCAACGAAGCCUUGACCCUGAAAGUUCUGUCCGCGGCGAGCGGAGUACAAUUGUGCGGGAAAACAUUCAGGAAACUGGAAUGGAUGAUCGGGCAGCACCUGCGGUGGAAGCUACUGUAUUCUACAGCAGUCACCUUUGCAUCUAUAUUGGCCAAGUACGUCGUCCAGGACUCGGAUCUCACUUCGCGGAACCCCGUUUUCGUGAAACGCAUCAAGAGAGACGGCGCCAAGCUGCUUGAGGCCUAUUUGGACUUGUCACUUUCUGAUGUCCGCUUAAAGGCUGUGGAGUCGGUGGACGUGGGUUGCGCUUGCGUAGCGUGCGCACGCGCCGAUCUCGGCCUGUGCGCGUGGCCCAGCUGGCUGGCCACCAUCUCCACCCGCAAGCAGUCCAUUGUCGCGCCCAUAGCAAAGCUCUUACAGAAGAUGAUGGCACACCUGAAAUCUAAAGAAUCAGGCUCCAUCGGCACUCCAAAUGUCACACCGUACACACCGCCUAACUUUCAAAUCUCGCUACCUUCGAACUCUGACAGCACACCUGACGUCAGUUGCAAUAACGUACCAGAAUCACACAGCGACUCAGUUCUGGAUUUGGACGACUCCAAUGUACCUGCAACUGUGAACGAAGAUUAUCACACGCUACCGACGACCAUCGACGUGGUGUACUCCAGAGUGGACACAGCGGCUGACUAUAGGUUCUUCAAGGCCAAUAGGCUCCUUGAUGGUAAUUUGGAUGUGCAACCGUCCACAAGCGUGGCUGUGAAACGCGGUUGCGUCACGGAAUCCGAGAUAGAAGCAAAGAAAAGUUAUCUCGGCGCGCAAGUAGGUCAACCACAGGACGUACUCAACGUAUGCGUAUAGGGUACACUAAGUACGCCUAAGUAAUUCAACAUGUGAUAGUCAUAGAUUGGAAAUACAUUUGAUACUACGAAUUAAGGCCUUGAGGCGUUAAACAAAUUAAGCAUAAGUACAUUUUAUUUGCGAUCAAAAGUAUUUUUCAAUCAUACUUAGCAUAUAUUCUCUUUAUGUAUUCCAAUUAAGCACCCUGCCUAAUGCUAUACAUGUUUUUAGUUAUCUAUCUGAAGCAUAGUAUAAUGGUGUAAGUAUGGUAACUCCAAACAAACGUGCCAGCGCGGCUUGUAUGAUUGCGUGCCGUGUACGGACGCACACAUUCGCAUAAUCCCGCGAUAUACUCGCGUUGCAUAGGGCUGGUCGUCCCAACUAGCGAUGCAAUAGACCUCUGCUUCUGCGGAAGUUUCGCAUCUGUUUCCGUAUAUGCUUCCGCAACUUUUAUAACGGUAUUUUUAUCGGAAGUUUUUAUCGUUCGCGAUGGAUUAUAUAUCCGCGUAUUGCUUGGCAAUGGGGCGCGUGCGUCUUAGCAGUUUUAUGUUGUGUUAAGAACACAAGCCCUGUUUCGAAAUAUUUCGUUGAGAUCUUUAUAGUAUUUACACUUCCGCAUUCGCUUCCGUUUCUGCUAAUAUUUACGUUUCGCAUCUGCUUCCGUUUCAUCCGCUCCCUGUCAGAAACAAGUAAUAUUCGACCAAAUCAAUGUUAAGUAUACUUCAUUUGAAUCAAGUGUUUUUUAAUACGGUCGAGUAUUGCUUAUUUCACAGUAAUUAUUUUGGACGGAUGUCGGAUGGAGAACGCGAAUAGACCCCUUUUUCCGUUAUGACACUUUCUAUGCAUCACUAGUUCCAACGCGCCUUUCAUUAUUAUGCGAAUGUGUGCGUCGCAAUACAAGCCGCGCUGGUACAUCUGUACGGAGUUAAUAUACUUUUCUUGUUACACUAUGUCUGGAGUGAGGACGUGUUUACGCUAGUUUUACCGCAGGGUUGAUGACUGAUGCUUACGUAUGCCUACGAUUGCGUCUUCUAAAUUACGUUAUAAAGUACGUUUCGGGCUAUUCAAAGCUAUAGUGAAUAAAUAGCCCAGACAGACGCGUAUAGUUGACGUAAUAUUAUUUGCACCGAUAAAUGUUAUCGUU